CUUCCUUCUCUCGCACCGCGACGAUAACUUUUCCUUUUUCUCCAGUGCGAAUCGUUACGCGUUACGUGUUCAUUAUACUGAUCUAAGCCGCCUCCGCUCCUCCUCCUCCACCACCGCCUCCCGCCUCGAUUUUAUUUUCCCUUUCCCGUGUCGCUAGUUUGUUCGCAUGUAAGUAUAUACGCGCAUACCGUACCGCGUAUCGCGAGAUUUUAUCGGCCGUAUCUGUGCUCGAGUUUCCUCGACCCGUUUGACCGAGUUUGUCUGACCGAUUACGCGACGCAAAAAUUUCCGACCGAUGCGCCGGUAUGCGUGGUUGUAGCGCGUUAUUAACCACGAUGGCGGACGCGUUUCGCGAUCGACCGAGCAAAUGGCUGGAUCGAGUAGAACGGACCAAAGGCAACGAAUGUACGAGGGAAAGUCGAACGGAGAGCGUGGGGGAACGCGGCAUCGUUUGGCCGACCUAACCGUUUCGAUGGGCAACGAUACAGUGCGUCACGAGCAAUGGAGGCAACGGUAUCCACGACGAAAACGGCGAUCGGGCCGCUGAAACGUUUGCUCGAGAUUCUCGACGAAGAAAACGCGUUCGAUCGUACGGGUAACGAACCCGUCCUGCGAUUCGUUCAUCCGGAAGAUCUACAGAAGCUAUUGCCGAUCGAAUUGACCGACGAACCAGCCAGCGAGGAGGAAAUCGAGACGUCGAUAAGGCAGACCAUCAGGUACUCGGUUAAGACGUCCAGUCCGCAUUUUCACAAUCAACUUUACGCGGGUGUCGACGAAUACGGCCUAGUUGGAUCAUGGUUGACGGAUACGUUCAAUACGAGCCAGUACACGUACGAGGUGGCUCCGGUAUUUACCUUGAUGGAACGACAAGUGAUAGAGAAAUGUUUGCAACUGAUUGGAUAUCCUCCGAUGCCAGACGGAGACGGUAUUCUCUGUCCCGGUGGUAGCAUUUCCAACAUGUACGGUAUGGUACUGGCCAGGUACAAAAAGAUCCCGGAUGUAAAGACAAAGGGACUCGCGGGACUUGCGCCGCUGGUUUGCUUCACCAGCCAGGCUGGCCACUAUUCUUUCACGAAAGGCGCUCACUGGCUGGGACUGGGAACCGAUCACGUUUACAAGGUAAAAUGCGACGAAUUGGGACGCAUGCGACCGGACGAUUUAAAGGCCGGCAUAGCGAAAGCCCGGAGGCAAGGCCACUUACCGUUCUUCGUCAACGCUACCUGUGGCACCACGGUCCUCGGCGCGUUCGAUCCACUGCCAGAGAUCGCGGCGAUCUGCCGCGAGGAAGAUCUAUGGUUACACGUUGACGCAUGCCUGGGCGGCACCUUGUUGCUCUCGGAAAAGUAUCGAGACCGACUGACGGGUAUUCAACUCUCCAAUUCCGUGGCGUGGAAUCCCCACAAGAUGCUCGGCGCGCCGUUUCAGUGUUCGUUGUUCCUGGUCAAGGGUAAAAACGCAUUGCACGAGGCGAAUUGCGCGGGAGCGCAAUACUUGUUCCAACAGGACAAACAGUACGACGUGUCUUGGGACACGGGCGACAAGAGCGUGCAAUGCGGGAGAAAGGUGGAUGCUGCGAAAUUUUGGCUGAUGUGGAAGGCACGUGGAACGCAAGGUCUCCGGAAAUCCGUGGAUCUCGCCAUGUCCGCCAUCGAGUACUUUUUCCAACGGAUUCGAAAUCGCGAUGGAUUUCGCUUGGUUAUUCCUCGAUACGAAGGUUGCAACGUUUGCUUUUGGUACGUACCACCGAGUAUGCGGGCUCAACCGGAGACUCGGGAAUGGUGGGACAAGCUGUCCGAAAUCACGGCUAAAAUCAAGGAACGCAUGAUGGUCGAGGGAAGCCUGAUGGUUGGUUAUAUGCCGCUGUCCUACAAUAACCUCGGCAACUUUUUCCGCAUGAUCGUCACGUGUCAACCACCGCCGAGCAAAGCUUCCAUGGAUUACGCGAUCGAGAAGAUCGAAGAGUUUGCGCUCGAUUUGUAAACCAAUCCCGACAUAUUCGCAUUAGAGCUCCAUCGAGUAAAAUAGAAAGAAAGCUCGGAAGAAAAAGGAAUUCGUUGGAGAGCAGAGUAUUCUUGCGGGCGUUAUCAUUCAUUUUAUUGCAGUCACGUGAUACUAUGCCUCGCUGGAAAGAAGGAUUUAAAAUGGAUAGCGUCGAUCCGGCGUAUCGACGAUACACGCGACGUUUUUCACGCGUUCGUAAAUGUCCGUUUUCAAUUAUCCAAACGUCGUCUGAGUUUAUCGCGUGAAAUUCCUCGAUCCGAAUGUAAUUCGCCGAGCUAAAUCUCGAGUCUCGAAAGUUGGAUCGUUUUUUUAUCACGUCUUCCAUUCUCGAUUAUCGUUGUUCGCGCGAACGAGUCGACGCGUUGCCGCGACUCAAUGUGAGCCAAUAAUAAAAAUCUGCGAAUCACGCGCGCUGUGUGCCACGAAUGCACAUGCACGCGUAACGCAUUCAUACACGCGCGUUCACGUUUUUAGCGAUUCCUCGCGCGUAACAGCUACAUCCAUAUCCAUAUCCACAUCCAUAUCCACAUUCAUACACGUAGUAGGUACAUUUCGAUACGUUAGACGUUCGUUUUCGACGAGAUUACACGCGACGCGCGUGCUCGACGUAACGAUGGCACUGAAUCGUUCGAUGCGAAACCGGAGGUGAUCGUGUCUGUCAUUUAAAAUAAAAGAAAUACGGGAUGAAUAUUACUGGAUCUCGAGUAUAGAUGUGAUCCGUCCUGCGUACGCUUCUCCUGCCCGGGUUCGGCCCCGAAAGUUCUUGAUACGGCCGAGUCCACUGCUCGAGGAGCGUGAUCGGUGCGAAACACGGGAGAAACGGAUGGUAGUCGCGUCGCGUCGCGUCGCGUCGCGUCGCGUUUAUAGCGUUUGUGCCCGCCGUUUUUGUCGUACGCCUUCAUGGCGAUAUCUCUUCGUGAGUGCUAGUCUCGCGUGCGUUCGGUUUAAACGCGAAUACCGUCGUCCUAUGGCGGGUUAAAC